UAUCGAUAUUUUUUGAGUCGGAUUAUUAUUCUUAUCUGGACAAUUAGCUUCUACUCACUGGGCUGUGCAGCAAACGGACCCGUUUAGUUUACUCAGAGCAGCGAUAGCAAAAGCCCACGCAGCAAAAUGAUGAAUGAAGCGGCCCUCGCCAACAUGAUCCCCUACGACACAAUUGGACUCUAUGAGCAGCCAAAGCCGCGGUUCAUUUUCAAGAUGCCGCGGGUUGUGCCUGACCAGAAGUCCAAGUUCGAGAGCGACGAGCUCUUCCGCAGGCUCAGCAGGGAGAGCGAGAUCCGGUACACGGGAUACAGGGAGCGGAGCAUCGAGGAGCGGCAGGUGCGCUUCAUGAAUGGCUGCCGCGAAGGCCACACGGAGACCAGUUUCGUGGCCUCUGGCACCAACCUGCAGCUGGUGUUCAACGCCAACCAGAAUCCCUACCUGCACGACAAGGAGUGCGACUUUGACAAGGAGCACGGCAAAGUGCACAUAAAGUCCUACUUCAUCAUGAACGGCGUGUGUGUCCGCUUCCGUGGUUGGCUGGAUUUGGAGCGCCUGGAUGGUGUCGGCUGCCUGGAGUACGACGAGCGGCGGGCAAUGCACGAGGACGCCAUUCUCCGCGACCAAAUUGAUCGCUACAACCAGCGGUUGAGGGAGUUCGAGGACACCAAGCGCGCCUACAGGGACAAUCGGCAGGACGAGAUGGAGGCAGUCCGGCGGGGAGUGACCUCCGGGGGCAUUGGCGUGGGCGCCAGCAUGUGGCGCCGUUAGUUGGACCUGUGGACGGCCCCGGCGCCGUCGCACCAGCAACUCCAGCUCCAGCAGGAGGCGCUUCAGCAGCAGCCAGAGACUCAAUUCGCGAAUACUCAAUACUUCAUGGACAACUAAGAAUGCUCCGACAACCCUCCGACCCUGGACGGGGGGCGGUCUUUCCAAUGCGAGAUUUAAAUACGAUUACGUUAGACACGUUCGAUGCUCGAAUGAAUAUGCUCCUAGACUUAGUGUUAGCUCUAAUGCUUACUUUACGUAUGCUUUUAUGGUAUUACUUACAAUUUAGUGUCGUGGAUCUUUAUCUGAAAUACAUAUUACUAAUCAACUGA